CUUAUUAUACUAUAAAAUCGUGCAUAUUCUGCAUGCAUUGACGCUAUAAAAUUUUGGUUACUUAGCAACUAAUCUGACAAAACACUGUAUAACUUCACGUUGGAAAUAUGUAGUUGUCUUUACGUUUAUUAAUGAAAUUAUAAAAUAAAGAUAUCGAUAUUUUAAAGUAAUAAUUGAUAUUGAUAUACUUUAUCACCUAUUUUUAUAAAUUUUUAUUGAUAAUCAUCGAAAUUGAUGACAAAAUAGAUAUCCAUUUUCGUGAUAUCCAAUUCUCGUGAUACUCUAUUCUUCUGAUUUUAAUUUUUUAUAAAAAUGGUGAGCCUUUAAGUUUUUGAUUGCAAACAUUUAAUCAACAAAAUCUGAAUUAUGCAUAUAUAAAUUAUUUUACUUUUAUAGGGACCUAAGAAAGCAAAAGUACCUGCUACUGUUGAUGGUGUAGAUACGUCGAAAAUGAAUAGAGAACAAUUAGAAGUUUAUGCACACAAGAUACUUGAAGAAAUGGAGCGUGAACGAGAGGAAAGAAAUUUUUUUCAACUUGAAAGAGAUAAGAUUAGAACUUUUUGGGAAAUUACGAGACAUCAAUUAGAUGAAGCGCAGGCAACUGUCAGAAAUAAAGAACAUGAAAAAGAAGAGUUAUCAGAAAAACACGAAGCAGAGCUCAAAUUAUAUAAACAGAAAGUAAAACAUUUAAUGUAUGAGCAUCAAACUAAUUUGUCAGAAACUAAAGCUGAACAUAUGGUUGCUCUUAAAAUGGCACAAGAUGAUCAUACUCUUCAAGAAAAUGAAUUGAUUAAAGAUAAGAGAGAAUUAAAAAGAUUGCAAAAAGAACAAGAUUUGGCCCAUAUAAAUGAAAUAAAAGCAUUAAAAUUGCAACAUGCAGAAGAAACAGAUAAGCUGAUAAAACAGUUUGAAACUGAAGCUCAAGAAUUGGAACAAAAAUAUGAACAGAAGUUGACGAGUCAAUAUGAAUCCCUUACUUUAAAACAUCGAAUGGAAAUAACUGAAGUAGAAGAAAGAAAAAAUACACAAAUUGCAAAUUUGAUAAAAAACCAUGAAGUUGCAUUUGCAGAAAUGAAAACUUAUUAUAAUGACAUUACUCUUAACAAUUUGUCUUUGAUAAAGAGUAUGAAGGACCAAAUGGAUGAAAUGAGAAGUAAUGAAGAGCGUAUGAAAAAACAAGUACGAGAGUUAACUAUCGAAAAUAAAAAAUAUUCUACUGAUAUAAAGUCAUAUGAAGAAUCCUUAGCAAAUUACACUCGCCAACUUGCAAAUUAUGAUAAAGAUAAACAAAGCUUAAUUAGUACUAAAAAAAGAUUAGUAAUAGCUACAAAAGAGUUAGAGAACUUAAAAUGGGAAAACGAAGUAUUAGAAGUACGUUUUGAAAAGUGUCAGUCUGAAAGAAACGAAUUACAUUCAAGAUUUGUCUCAGCAAUACUUGAGCUCCAACAGAAGACAGGUUUAAAGAACAUUCUUUUAGAAAAGAAACUUGAGAAAUUAUCGGAUUUAUUAGAACAGCGUGAAGCACAGAUCAGCGAAGUACUUACUGCUGCUCAACUAGAUCCAAUGGUUGUUAUUAAUGCUAAUAAAAAAUUAGAGAAUCUGUUGAAUAGAAAAAACAGUGCCAUACAAGAUCUACAAUAUGAAUUAGCAAAAGUUUGCAAAGCGCAUGACGAUCUACUUCGAACGUAUGAAACUAAAUUACAAGAAUAUGGGAUUCCAAAGAGUGAACUUGGUUUUCAACCAUUGAGAGUAAAAGGAGUACCUACAAAGUUAGGAUUAGGACCAGCUGGUCUUGUUACUUUAAAUCACUAGUCUACUAAGAUUUUAAUUUUUUUAUUUUUGACUGAUCAUACAAUACAUUUUCACUAACAAUUAGUGAAAUGUAAAAAUAAUAAAAUCAGAUUAAUGCAGAAAGAUUCAAGCAAUUUCUGAUGCAGAAUGUUUUUAUUUUGUGAAACAAGUAAGUUUUAGAACGCAUCUGCUUUAUUUUUUUAUAAAUUACAUAAAAUUAUCACAGAAUGUACAGAGUAGAUCAUAUUGGUGCCUGAUAGUUGUAUACUUGUACAAUUUCAUCUGUUCUAUCAUUUACUUAAUUUCGUUAUCAUUUAUUUCAAUUGUAAAUCAUCAUGCAUUUCCAUAGUACAUUUUUUUAUAAUUAUUUAACAACUAACAGGCACAAUUAUACUGAAGAUGCUUUAUAUAUAUAUGUAUGUAUAUAUAUAUAUAUAUAUGGAUGUAUGUAUAUAUAUAGAUUUUAUAUAUAGAUAUUAUAACAUAUAUAGACAUAGACACAUUUACUAUUCUAAUUUACAAAAUAUUAUAAAUUGAAUAUAUCAGGUCACGUGGUUAAUAAGGUUCAAACACUUAUAUAUGUGUAUAUAUAAGUAUAUAUAUGUAUAUAUACAUAUGUAUAUUGGGUUUAUGUAAAAUACCUUUCCUUCAAAUCUAUUGAUUUUUUCUGUUUCAAAAACAUUUGACUAUUAAGUGAAGAAAUAAACAAUUCAUUGUUAUCUUUUUUUAUGUUUUGUAUAGCUAUAAUCUUAUUAUGUAUGAUGUAUAUACGCAUACACGUAUAAGCGAAUGCAUAUACUUCUUUUGUGCAGACACACAAUUAUAUAUGUAUGUAUACAUAUAUAUUUUUUAUAUAUGUAUGUAUAUUAAGAAUUUGGCACAAUAAGAAAUAGAAUCACAGUUGAAAUCAUUGUACAUCAUAAGAGCUAUGGUUUGUUAAUACAUAU